AACUUACCUUCAGCCGCAAGGCACUACUAUCAGCACAACCCUGUAAACGGAUCACCUUUUAAUUUCCGCGCACCUCGCGGAAUUCAUCAACAACUGUCACUCAAAGCAAGCAUCUCCUGCCGGUAUCCGAAUGAAGCAUCUUGGCUAGACGCCCGGCCUCAAUGCAAUAGUUCACGUGCAGAAAACAUGAUUCGAUGAUUCUUGGAAUGUCCCGACACCGCCAAGCCUCAAAUUGCAUGACUGAACAACCAUCAAUUCUGCUGCGCCACGAUGAGUAACCAAUGACCACCACAGGCACUCCUUCAGGCAGAGAUGAAUGUGCAGCCCAAGGCUGUGAUGUGAUAAGAGUCCCCUCCUCUUUUGUGGUUUCGGCGAUUGCUAGUUUGACGCUUUUGAUACUACGCUCCUGAGACGGGGCGAUACAAGGCUGAGUUUGGUGGUCACCGAAGCGUUCUUGAUGGUGGGCUGACUGUUGGCCUCCACUAGGUUCAGGCUUUAUAAUCUCCAGACUUGGCUUCUUCUCAUUGCAACACAACAUCAUGUCUAAGCAAGACUCCUUCGAUGACGGGGAUCUUCCUCCCCCAUACACUGAAUCCGGUCCCUCAGCAUCAGAACCUCGACAAUCAGUCACGACAAUCUUCUCCUCACAUCUAAACAACCUCCCCCUACGCAUUCAAUCCGUUCAAGCAGUUCGCAACUCAGCGCGCGAUGAACGAGACAGUGAGAUACUCACCCUCUUGGUGCCUCACAUCGAGGAUAUGCUCUCAUCAAUAGCAGCCAUGGAUCCGCCACCACGAGUCGUCGAAAUGACCAUGGUGCCAGAAGAAGCAGUUGGUGAAGGGUGGUUCUUUAGCGAUGAAGAUCGAUCCCGAACUGUUGUUCGUGUUAGAGAAGAUCGCAAGCUAGUAGGUGAUCAAAAGAAACCUGUCAAGAAAAGUGAACCUCCCAAAAACAGAGCCUUUGAUGAAUGGGGCCGCUGGGAAGACGACAACCAAGAAUCUACCACAGACGACGUUCUCUGGUGGUCAGACCACGACAUGGCAGUCCGUCUAGCAAAUUACAUAUCCCCAGAACGAGUUGACCGUCAGGUCGUCAAGGCACACGUCGAACAAGCAAAGAAAGCAUCAAGAUGGGGCUUGUUCAAGAAAUCUGAGCCAUCGACUCCACCAACACCAAUAGUAAAGGCACAAGAGGAAGAACCGGUUACUAUGACGGUCAAGGCUGAGGAGGUUACGUUUCGGCGGGAGAACGAGAUGGGUAUUUGGGAGAGCAAGACAGGAUGGGGCUUGGUGGUCAAGGUCAAGUUACGGCAGUGAGGGCGAUGUUGGACAUGGGCUGAGAAUGAGGGCAUUGGGAACACAGGAUAUAUAUAGAGUCGAUUGGGCAACAAAGACAUGAACGUCGAACAUCAUCUACCAGCCAGUAUCUGUUCUCAAUUGUGGAUGUGAUUCGGAAGUCUAAGUGCGUCCUCACUUCCGCCUGCGUCAAACUGGCAAAUCUUCCAUUUCGUCAAGACACUUCAGACUCAGAGUUUAUUCUUGGCAGAAUAAAACAUUCUUCUCUAACCGACAUUACUCAGUGACACAUUGUAUCAUCUCGGGGUCUUUUCUGUGCAUUGGCGCGCG